GUUGACAAGCCAACACAGAUCGAACCAGAAAUGUGUUCAAAUUGAUGGCAGGAGACGAAGUGAAGCUAUUAGGAUUUUGGGGAAGCCCUUAUACACUUCGUGUGAAAUGAGCACUCAGCUUAAAAGGGAUCGAGUAUGAAUACGUUGAACAAGAUAUCUCGAAUAAAAGUUCGAUGCUUUUGCAAUACAAUCCUUUGUACAAAAAGGUUCCCGUUCUUGUGCACAAUGGUAAACCGAUCGUGGAGUCGCUUGUGAUACUUGAGUACAUCGAUGAAACAUGGAAGAAUCAUCCACUUCUUCCUGAAGAUCCUUUUGAGAAGGCGGUAUCUCGUUUUUGGGCAAAAUUUGUCGAUGAUAAGUGUGUGCCAUUGAUCAUUAAGAUGUUAUUGAGUACACUAGACCAAAAAAAUAAGGUUGCAGAAGAGGCUCACGAGAUUCUGGAGACUCUUGAGGGUACUUUGAACACAAACAAACCCUUCUAUGGAGGCGAAAGUUUAGGAUUUAUGGAUAUUGCAGUUGCAUGGCUCGGAAUAUGGAUUCCACUAAUCAAAAAAAUCAAAGAUGUUAAACUUAUGGAUGAGGAGCAUACGCCAUUGUUGAAUGCCUAUUUUAAAGAUGUUCUUGAUGUUCAUGUUAUCAGAGAGUGUAUGCCGCCUCUUGAUGAGUUGGUAAAACACAUCAAAGAUUACCAUGACCGAUUUAUGACUGCUAAAACUUGACAUCUAAACUAAAUGUCGAUGAAGUUGUGUUGUGCAAAGUGAAUAUGCAUCGAUAAAAUAAAUUAUGAGUAGAGAUUGAGAGCUUAGGCAUCAUGAGUUUGAGCACUAGCCCUUAUCCACAAUGUUAUGCUUGUGAACAUGUGUCAAAAUUCCAUUUUGGCAUACAAUAGUCAAGUUUGAAAGGAGAACUUCUAUUAGAUGUUUGUACUUGAUGUUUUUUUUGUGUAAUGUUACGUCUUUAGAAGCAUGGAACCUGAUGUGUGUACGAAAUGAAAUAUUUAUUGGGUAUGUUGGUGCAA